CCAAGACUAUGACUUCCAGUAAAAUUGAGAUGCCAGGGGAGGUGAAGGCAGAUCCUGCAGCACUGAUGGCAUCUCUGCAUCUGCUGCCUUCUCCCACUCUCAACCUUGAAAUCAAAUACACCAAGAUUUUCAUCAAUAAUGAGUGGCAGAAUUCUGAAAGUGGAAGAAUAUUCCCAGUAUAUAAUCCAGCAACAGGAGAACAAAUUUGUGACAUUCAGGAAGCUGACAAGGUUGACACGGACAAGGCAGUGAGGGCAGCUCGGCUGGCUUUUUCCCUCGGUUCUGUUUGGAGGAGGAUGGAUGCCUCAGAAAGAGGCCAUCUUCUGGAUAAAUUGGCAGACUUGGUCGAAAGGGACAGGGCAAUUCUUGCUACUAUGGAAUCACUGAACAGUGGCAAACCGUUCUUGCAAGCUUUCUAUGUAGAUCUCCAGGGAGUCAUAAAAACCUUGAGGUAUUAUGCUGGUUGGGCAGACAAAAUCCAUGGAAUGACCAUUCCUGUAGAUGGAGAUUAUUUUACGUUUACAAGACAUGAACCCAUCGGAGUGUGUGGACAGAUCAUCCCUUGGAACUUCCCCCUGCUGAUGUUUGCAUGGAAGAUUGCUCCAGCUCUGUGCUGUGGCAAUACAGUAGUUAUUAAACCAGCAGAACAAACACCACUCAGUGCUCUCUAUAUGGGUGCUCUCAUCAAAGAGGCUGGCUUUCCACCAGGAGUUGUCAAUAUCUUGCCAGGAUUUGGUCCAAUUGUUGGUGCAGCCAUAGCCUCUCAUGUUGGCAUUGAUAAAAUUGCUUUCACUGGAUCCACUGAGGUUGGGAAGCUGAUCCAAGAAGCAGCUGGAAGGAGUAAUUUGAAGAGAGUUACACUGGAGCUGGGUGGGAAAAGCCCAAACAUUAUUUUCGCAGAUGCUGAUUUGGACUACGCUGUGGAACAAGCUCACCAAGGAGUCUUCUUCAAUCAAGGUCAAUGCUGCACUGCAGGCUCACGGAUUUACGUGGAAGAAUCAAUCUACGAAGAGUUUGUUAGAAGAAGUGUAGAACGAGCAAAGAGGAGAGUUGUGGGGAGUCCUUUUGACCCAACUACAGAGCAAGGUCCACAGAUUGAUAAAAAACAAUACAACAAGAUCUUGGAACUGAUUCAAAGUGGCAUCACUGAAGGAGCAAAACUUGAAUGUGGGGGAAAGGGGCUGGGAAGAAAGGGAUUCUUCAUUGAACCUACAGUGUUUUCCAAUGUGACAGAUGACAUGCGGAUUGCCAAGGAGGAGAUUUUUGGGCCUGUUCAAGAAAUACUGAGAUUUAAAACCAUGGAUGAAGUUAUAGAGAGAGCCAACAAUUCUGAUUUUGGGCUGGUAGCUGCUGUCUUUACAAAUGACAUAAACAAGGCCCUGACAGUCUCUUCAGCAAUGCAGGCUGGGACAGUCUGGAUAAAUUGCUACAAUGCCUUAAAUGCCCAAAGUCCUUUUGGAGGAUUCAAAAUGUCUGGCAAUGGGAGAGAGAUGGGUGAAUGUGGAUUGAGAGAAUAUUCUGAAGUUAAAACUGUGACAAUAAAGAUCCCUCAGAAGAACUCCUAAAAUGACAAAGGACCGUGUUGUGCAGAAGAGCACAUGAUGCCACCUUCUCUAUUCCUUAUGGAGACCAGCACUCAGGAAUAAAAAGUGUUACACAAUAUAUAUUUAAGAAAUUAAGUUGCAACAUAUAUACUGGGCACAUAACUGCGUACGUAAUACAAACCAACUCUGCAUGUUUUCAUAAAACUCUCCUGAGAAUCAUUACCUCUUUAUAAAACAAAUCAUAAUGAGAUAAAAUUGCUACUGGGCAUCAUUUAAUAAUGAUUCCAGCUAUAAAACUGUUAAAUGCAAUGCAUGCACGCACACAUUUAUGUCUUCCUUAAAUAAACAAAAUAAGUCUUACUGCUUUCAGGUUGCCUUCUCAAACAGACCUGCCUUGUACUGACAUUGUAGUUUCAAUCAGGGCUCUACAAGACAGAUUAUACUGAAAACACUAGCAAUGAGCAACACAAACAACUGUCAUUGAUGUUCUUAAAAAAUAAAAGACUCUGAAUGGUAAUGGCCCCAAACCUGGUGUGGUGGCACCUUUCCAAUUAGCACGCCCACAGAAAGAGGUCAUACUAGGGAGGGAAUCAAUCUGCUGCAUGGCCAAUGAAAGCCAAACAUUUAUCAGUGAAAUUUGGCUUUCAUGGCUCACAGCAAUUUAGAUUUCAAAGCUUAUUUUCAUAAUUACUUUCUAUCUUGCUAUAAGCAAAAAGUCCUCCUUUUACAGAAACUUGAAGGGAUUUACCUGCCUGCCAAAAGAGCAAGGCCAGACAGGGUGGGUGGGUGUUAACAAGAACAGGAACAGAUUCCAAGGCUUCACAGAAUAUUUUAGCUUUCACCGCUUGUCUAGUUUUGUUGUUGUUGUUGUUACUGUUGCUUUCACCUUUUUUCUUUUUUUAAAACAAAUAUAUGCACGCACAGGCUCCAUUUAUUUGUCUGCUAUUAAAUUGCCUGUGAUUACACUGGGAAUCAUUAAGUACUUGUUACAGCUUUUACUAAAUGAUGUCUUGCCAUCCUCACCAUGCUUGUGCACCUCAGGUGAUGUUACUGGCUGGUAGUGAGCUUUCAAUUAUUUGAGUUUUUUUGAUCCAGGACAAAAGUAUGAGCAAGUUUUUUCAGAACUGAGGUGUUUACAGCUUGUCACAUUAUUACUUGCUGCCUACAAAAUCUC